UAAAAAUAAGCAAAAAAACAAACAAAAGAAAACGCAGUGAAAUUAUUGAAGUGGUUAUAAAAAAUUAAACCUAAUGGAAAAGCCUAAAGAAUGCACUUUAUUUGGCCUUUUCCCUUCUUUUGUUAAUGUUUUAUCACCUGCUAUGUACUUGUAUAAUUUUGUUAUAAUUUGAGUUGUUGUUCCGGGAUUUAAAUCUUGUUAUUCAUCAAUUUUAAUUGGAGGGGGAAAAGGGAAAGGCUUUUAUUUAAUAAAAAUAAAAUUGUAGAAAGUGACGUAUUUCCGUUAGAAUAGUUAGCUUGAUACUGCCGUCGCUACUAAACAAACAUGGCUUGGCUACUUUUUCUAACAACGAACCUUUUGGAUACGUAGGGAAACUUAGAGGGAACUAUGCAGCUACGACUUGGGAACGUCAUGUGCAUGACACAACUGCAUAGAUGAAGAGCAGCUAUAAUUGUGUAGCUAGUUUGCUCGGGAAAGCUUUUUUGUGACCGUGUUUUGCACCAGUUAGCUCAAAAAGUGGCUAACUAACUUAAGCUAGCAAAAUGGACCUUGGAACGAUGUUGUACAAUAACUUAAAGGAUGUAACGUGGAGCACGACGUCUCUGCCGCUAGACCAGCUGGUCAGUGCGUACAAGUUGCCACAAAUUGUCAUGCUGGAUAACGCUCAGUUGGUUGAGGGCCUCAGAGAAAACGACUACCUCUUGAUUCAUUCCUGCCGUCAGUGGACAACUAUAACUGCUCACAGUCUAGAGGAGGGACAUUAUGUGAUUGGGCCUAAAAUAGAGAUCCCAGUUCAUUAUGAAGGCCAGUUCAAGUUGCUGGAACAGGACAGAGAUGUCAAGGAGCCCGUGCAAUACUUCAACAGUGUGGAGGAGGUGGCCAAAGCCUUCCCCGAAAGAGUGUACGUCAUGGAGGACAUCACGUUUAAUGUUAAGAUGGCUUCAGGGGAAUGCAAUGAAGAGACAGAAGUUUACAACAUUACGCUGAGCACCGGUGAUGAGCUCACAUUAAUGGGCCAGGCAGAGAUCCUCUACGCCAAAAGCUCCAAAGAAAAAUCACGACUAAACACUAUUUUUAAGAAGAUCGGGAAGCUUCACUCCAUCAGCAAGAUCGGCCGGGGCAAGAUGCCGUGCUUGAUCUGCAUGAACCAUCGCACAAACGAGAGCAUCAGUCUCCCGUUUCAGUGCAAAGGCAGGUUUAGCACCUGCAGCCCGCUGGAGCUUCAGAUGCAGGACGGCGAGCACACCAUCAGAAACAUCGUGGAAAAAACCAGACUCCCCGUCAAUGUCAUCGUGCCCAGCAGUCCACCCCGGAACCAGUAUGACCUUCACCUCGUCCGGGAGGGUCACCGCUAUAAGCUGGUCAACAUCCAGACAAAGACGGUGGUUGUGUGCUGCAUUCUGCGGAACAACAAAAUCAUUCCCUUCCAUUUUCCCUUUCAUAUGGCCAUGCCGAGGUUCAUCGUCCCAGAGGAGCUUUUGCAAGGGGAGCUGUGGCUGGAGACAAUGGUGCAUCGCUGGUUCUCCUUCUGCCAGGAGCAGUUUGACAUAGACGAUUACUCCCGGGCCGUCCGGGAUGUGCGGACAGACUGGAGCGACGACGUAAAAAGUCCCAACAAAGGCAGUGGGAAUGGCACCUGCUCCGGAAGCAGUGGAGGCAACGGCGGUUCCAACGGUUGCAGCAGCCACAUACAGAUCCCCAACUCCUUAACGUACGCCCGCGAUGAACUCACCCAGUCCUUUCAUCGACUGUCUGUGUGCGUUUACGGAAGCAACCUGCACGGAAACAGUGAAGUUAACCUGCAGGGAUGCAUGGCGCUAUGUGGAGAUUGGACUCUUCUGCCCUCUGACGGCCAGUACUCUGAAUCGGGAGAAAACGAGCACCUUUUCCCUGAGCUGCUGGAUAGCACGACCCAACAGCCGACCUUCAACAAGCUGGACGGUCCGUAUGAGGAGCUGUGGUUGGAUCACUUAAGAGGACAGACGCCUAAACCCUCCUCAAGUGAAGGAAUACGAGGUGUCAACAACGGCUGUCCUGUCGCAGCUCCACUGUCCUUCCCAGUCUCUUGUCCCGUCUGUCCUAUAGCCAGUUUAGAUGUGCCUCUUACUCCACCUCCUGUCCCACCCAAGUCUGAAGCCGUGAAGGAGGAGUGCCGUCUUCUGAAUGCUCCCCCGAUCCCCCCACGUAGCCUGAAGCAGCCGCCGCCGCCGCCCGCGACCAUCCUGUCCAAGCCGCGGCAGCAGGAAACCCGCUCUCCAAGUCCAACCCUCUCCUAUUAUUCUUCAGGUCUCCACAGCGUCGGGCAAAGUGAAGCUGAGGGGGCGGAUCCACAAGAGCAAAGCCUCGCCUGCUACCCGUGUAACUGGAGUAGAUCCAUGACGGAGCAGAGCGCCACGUCAACCGUCGGCAGUCUGCCGUCGGACGCGCCGUCGUCUCGUCUGUCUUGGCCGAACAACUUCAGCGGAGGAGAGUCCCACUGCCUGGAGGAGUUUCUCCCAGCCGACUGCAGGAGUUACUACAGCUACCCCAGGAAGAGAACCCCGAGCACCCCAAAGGUGUGUACCUCCAGCCUGGUGGACUUCCAGCGGCAGCCACGCAGCAGUAAGGACUCGCAGAAAGGCCUUCUGAGUCAGGCUCACACCAAAUCUUCCAGCUUCAGUUCAGAAGCGUACAGAGGCAAACCAAUAGAGGAAUCGAACAGCAAGCAGAGCCUCUCCUGCCCCAUCCUACCACCAAGGACGCCCAAACCCACCCCCACAGUGAAGUGUGCGGACUCACCCACAGAGUCGACGUGUGAUGCUAAGCUAGAAACCUCCUCACCGGUAAAAAACGAAGAGCUUGUCUCCAUCUCAGACUCAUUAGUCGGGAGCUGCCAGUCCUUUCCCCCCGCUGCUCAGUGGCAGCCUCCUUCCUCCUUGGCUGGCAUUUCCAUCGAGGAGGUGUCCAAAUGUCUGAGGUUCAUCGGCCUCCCAGACGAGGUGGUGGCUCUUUUUGGGUCCGAAAAGAUCGACGGGAACCUGCUCCUGCAGCUCACAGAGGAGAUCUUAGCGGAGGACUUCAAGCUAAGCAAACUGCAGGUGAAGAAACUGCUGCAGUUCAUCAACGGCUGGAGACCCAAGAUUUAAGGCCACGGCUCUGAAUAAUGUAAAGUAGAUACGCUAUGCACACCAGGCCACAAAAAAGCUCUUUUUGUUACUUUAUUUCGGGGGGUAACUUUUCAACAAAUGGAUUUGGCACUUUUAUGAAGACAUUUUUAAAUCCUCUGAGUACUUUCUGUUCAUUUUUUGUUUGAAUUGUCAGCCUUCAAGUGUUCCUGCCAUGAAACAAAGUCAACAAAUGUGUUCGAAUCUGCAAAGAUGCGAAGAACAAACUAUUGUUUUUUUUUGUUAAAGACCCACUCCGAUCAACUUUUGAUCGGUUUUCAAACUGUUUCCCAGCAGUCUUUUAACUAUGAGUGUUGUUUUUUUUAGCCCAAAUCUAAAAACCUGUGUUGUUUUCUACAGGACAUAGUUUCUGCAGAGCAGCAGAGCAGCGUUCAUUACUAAUUCCCCUCUAAGCUGAGAGCAAAAUGUUGACAUGGAGCAACCCCGCCCCUCUUCCCCUCCCUAUUGCUGACAGCUCUCUGUUCACAUGCUCUCCCCCGCUAGCUUACAGCCCCUCACACCCCCCAACCUAA